AAGAAGUUGCAGCAGGGGAGUUUCUAAACUCUCCGCUCCUUCCACAGACAAUGACAACCAGGGAGAGUUUAUAGCAUAGCCGGCGAGUUGCCAUGAACUUUGCCGAGGGAGUUCUCUGCCACGUUUAUAUAACGUUAAAGACCUCGACAUAACAUAUUGGCUUGUUGGGAGUAGUUGGAGAAGCCUAGAUCUCACUCUUUAAUUUGAAUUUUUACGCGAUAUGGAAUCAUCCCUGGAGUUCUCAAACUCUUUCACCAGUGUGUCUUCGCCCUCCGGGCGGUGUCGGAUCUUCAAGAUCAUCGUGAUCGGAGACUCCGGUGUCGGUAAGACCUGUCUCACCUACCGGUUCUGUGCCGGUGAGUUCCUCGACCGAACCGAAGCCACCAUCGGUGUCGAUUUCCGUGAGAGAUUGGUCGAGGUCGAAGGCGAGAAAAUCAAGGAGGACAGAGAGGAUGGAGGAGAGAGGACGCAGGAGCUCCAGCUAUGGGACACGGCGGGCCAGGAGCGUUUCAGGAAGUCCAUGGUCCAGCAGUACUAUCGGAACGUUCAUGCUGUUCUCUUCAUCUACGACGUCACCAGACCAGACAGCUUCAGAGGCCUGUCAGCCUGGAUAGAGGAGUGUAGACAGUACUCACUGGGACAGGAGAUAACCAGGUUCCUCGUGGGCAACAAGAGCGACCUCCGUGACACCUGCAGCAGUGACCCCCGCUCCAUCAAGGUCGAAGGUCAGGUGACACGGGAUCAGUCCCAGAAGUUUGCAGUUGCCCACGGGAUGAUUCUGUUUGAAACGUCUGCUAAAAGCCUCCCUGGAGGAGGAGGAGAACCAGGAGGGGGGCAUCAGGACAGCGUGGAGGAUGUGUUCAUGGCCCUGGCCUCCAGGCUGAAGAGACAGACCAGACCCCCUCCCCCGGUUCUCAACAACACAGGAGUGUCUGGGUCCUAUUGUGGGUCCUAUACAGGGACAUCUUCUUUCAGACUGCCAGCCAAGAAGAACCCUCAGAAAGACUUCUGGACAUGCACCUGUUGAGAGAGCCAGGGUGAGAAGAGGGAUGGAACAUAGGAUGGAAGGAGGGGGAACAGGGGAAUUUAGGGUGCCCACCAAGAACUCAGAGAAAGACUUCUGGACAUAUACCUGAAGGAAGGAAGGAAGGAAGGAAGGAAGGAAGGAAGGAAGGAAGGAAGGAAGGAAGGAGAGGGAUAGUGGGAAGUCCUCUCUGAUCAAGCAUCUAUAUCAGUGGAGGCUGGUGAGGGGAGGACGGCUCAUAAUAAUGGCUGGAAUGGAAUGGUAUCAAACACGUGCUCGAUACCAUUUCAUUUACUCCAUUCCAGCCAUUAUUAUGAGCCGUCCUCCCCUCAGCAGCCUCCACUGAUCUAUUGCCUGCUCUCAGAUCUGUUGUCUCCUUCUAUAGCCUGCUCUCAGAUCUGUUGUCUCCUUCUAUAGCCUGCUCUCAGAUCUGUUGUCUCCUUCUAUAGCCUGCUCUCAGAUCUGUUGUCUCCUUCUAUAGCCUGCUCUCAGUUCUGUUGUCUCCUUCUAUAGCCUGCUCUCAGAUCUGUUGUCUCCUUUUAUAGCCUGCUCUCAGAUCUGUUGUCUCCUUUUAUAGCCUGGUCUCAGAUCUGUUGUCUCCUUCUAUAGCCUGCUCUCAGAUCUGUUGUCUCCUUCUAUAGCCUGCUCUCAGAUCUGUUGUCUCCUUCUAUAGCCUGCUCUCAGAUCUGUUGUCUCCUUCUAUAGCCUGCUCUCAGAUCUGUUGUCUCCUUCUAUAGCCUGCUCUCAGAUCUGUUGUCUCCUUCUAUAGCCUGCUCUCAGAUCUGUUGUCUCCUUCUAUAGCCUGCUCUCAGAUCUGUUGUCUCCUUCUAUAGCCUGCUCUCAGAUCUGUGUGUGCUCUUGCCAACUCCGUUGCCGUUAUAAUCAAGCCAUAAAUGUAAGACUGGUACCCAGGAUAAAGCAUUAACCGAAGGGUCGUUCUACUAAUUCGGUGCCUUUUGAAAACAUUUUGACUUCACCUCAUUUUAACAUUCUGUCGUAAAGAGGAUGUUGAACUUCAUUAAGUUUCCCCAUCUCAACAGGUUAAAGACGGAAAUUACUAUAGCAAGUGCCAAAUAAUGUAACGGGGUUGACCGUAACGGGGUUGACCCUAAUCGGGGUUGACCCUAAUCGGGGUUGACCGUAACGGGGUUGACCCUAAUCGGGGUUGACCCUAAUCGGGGUUGACCGUAAUCGGGGUUGACCGUAAUCGGGGUUGACCCUAAUCGGGGUUGACCGUAACGGGGUGGGGUUGACCCUAAUCGGGGUUGACCCUAAUCGGGGUUGACCGUAACGGGGUGGGGUUGACCCUAAUCGGGGUUGACCCUAAUCGGGUUGACCGUAACCGGGGUUGACCGUAACGGGGUUGAUGAUGUCAUCUUAAAUCAGCCAUGAAUCCCCUUGUGACAGGGGGAAUGGAAGCUUGUUACUGUAUGUGCAACAGGCUUCCCAAAACAUUUUUAAUUGUUAAAACAUUUUUAGACUGUCUGUCUGUUGGUAACAGGGUUGACUUGUUGACGCUCGACCCGCUCAGUUUUACUCCACAAAACACCAGAACAUGGCCAGAAAGAAUAGAACCACCUGUUUUGACAUUAUGAUUUGACUACUGGAUGUUCAAUGUUUCUUUGGGAAGAAAUAUUUAAAAUGGGAAUAUUUUCACCAUAUUAAAAUGAGAGUUCAUUUCACUUAACAGGGUUGACCUUUAAAACUGAGGGACUGAAUCACUAAUCACAAUAAAAUAACUAGGGCUUUACAAUGAUGGAGAAAUGUUGGGAUGAAAGGGGUUAAAUCUUCUUAGAAGUCGGAGAGGGUGCACGGAGGGACAUUUCAAAAUGCCGAAGUCUAUUCCUAUUAAAUCAGAUUGAUUGAAUUCUCCAUGUGGUCUAUAUUAAAUGGCACUAAAUUUAAUAUAACAGGCUUUUUAAAAUUCAAUAUUGGUGCUCAAUUUAUCCCUAAAAUAUCAAAGGGAACGCAAAAGGCCCUCAUUUCGUGGAAUGACCCAAAAACAGUGGAGACUCUUGGAUACACUCCCCUGGAAGUACCGCAUAAUGUAACUGUCUGAGGCUUGUGCAGUGGGUCGUCUUUUAUGUGUCUCGAUCUGUCCAUCUUUGCGUUAUGGUCAUUGUAUAGCAGGAAAGAUAUGACUGUACAUUUCCAUUUAUGAUGUGUGUAAAUGUUUUCCAUAUUCAAUAAAAUAAUCAAUGUUCUUCAAAGUUGUAA